ACUAUACCCUAGCGGAGUCGCUCGAGUCCAUCAUAUAAGCCCUCGUCCACAAAGGCUCCUAGGGUUUCUCCACAGCCGUCUUCGCUUCGCUUCGCUUCGAGCACGCCCCGCAGAGGUAAGUUUGGGAGGUUGUACUCAGAAGCUCCAAUGGCUCCUAAAGUUGCUGUCGCCAAGAAGGGCGAUGCCAAGGCCCAAGCUGCGAAGGUUGCCAAGGCUGUGAAGUCUGGGUCAAUCAAGAAGAAGACAAAGAAGAUCCGCACAUCCGUGACAUUUCACCGCCCCAGGACUCUCAAGAAGGCCAGGGACCCAAAAUACCCAAGAAUCAGCACACCUGGAAGGAACAAGCUUGAUCAGUACCAAAUCCUCAAGUAUCCUCUUACCACCGAAUCUGCAAUGAAGAAGAUUGAAGACAACAACACCCUGGUCUUCAUUGUUGACCUCAAGGCAGACAAAAAGAAGAUCAAGGCUGCUGUCAAGAAGAUGUAUGAUAUUCAGGCUAAGAAGGUUAACACCCUGAUCAGGCCUGAUGGUAAGAAGAAGGCUUACGUGAAGCUGACAGCAGACUAUGAUGCUCUUGAUGUGGCCAACAAAAUUGGCAUCAUCUAAGUCAGACGGUCCUGUAGUUGGCUUUUGUCCUGGUUUCUUAUGUUAUCUAAGUUUUGUAGCUGUUACUUAGCAAAGGGCCAAGGUGGCUCCAUUGCCUACAUAUCGCCGCACACUUCCAUGAAUUUGAUGCAAUCCAAGUUUCUUAUAUUUGAGCUUUGCAUUUGAGUAUGCCAUUGGUUGGCUCAUAUUUUGUUGUCA